AUGAAUACAAUGGAGUCAGCAAUAACUGGUCGAAGGCGUGCUGCUAGUCGGCACUCUGCUGAGGAUCAAGCUCUCGAUCAAAUAGCAAAAGAGGCUGGAGAAAGAUUAGCAGCACGAAGACAAGCCAGGGCCGAAGCACGAGAAAUCCGAAUGAGAGAGUUAGAAAAACAGCAAAAAGAAGCUGAACAAACCGCUGAUCGUGUUUACGAUAUGUGUAAUGCUGACGGAACAAGAACUUUGAGGGUAACACCAGAUCCUAUAAGGGCUUCACGCUUAUUAACAAAUUCAAAUAAUUUUCAGUCAAGUCGUAGGUCUUCCGAAGAUUCCUUAGAGGAUGCUGGUCAAAGUAGAGAUUUAAGAUUAGAGCUUAAAGAGCUUGAAGAAAAAUUUAGAAAAGCAAUGAUUGCUAAUGCUCAACUGGAUAAUGAAAAAUCGUCAUACGUUUAUCAAGUGGAUUUACUUAAAGAUCAAUUAGAAGAAUCGGAAGAAUCCGCCGCUACAUUGCGACGAGAGCUCAGGGAAAAAACUAGUGAGGCUAAAUUAUUGCAACGUGAUUGCCAACGGUUGAAAGAGGAUUUUGAAAUGUGUAAAACAUUACUGGAGGAACGAGAUAGGCUUAUAGAAGAAAAUGGAUUGGUAAUAAUUGAAGAUGAGGUCAGUGAUGACGAAGAAGCAGAAUCAACUAAUGGAUUUGUGAAUCGUAAAAAAAAAGUACUAGUCAGUACGGAAGCUGCUGAAUUGUUACAAAAUGCUGGUGAAGGAUCUCUAGAUGUUCGGUUGAAAAAGUUUGGUGCAGAGAAAAAAGAAUUACAAGAUGAAAUCCGACAUCUAAGACUAGAAUUGGAAGAAGCCAAGAGUCGAUUAAGAUCUGAAAGAUCGUCUGGAUCAGUAUUAGACUCAGAAGACGUCCAAAGGGAAGCAAAUAAAUUGUUGGCAGAUUACAAAUUCAAAUUACAAAAAGCCGAACAAGAUAUGUCGACGUUACAAGCAACUGUCGCGAGAUUAGAGAGUCAAGUGAUUCGUUACAAGUCAGCGGCCGAAACUUCUGAGAAAGCCGAAGACGACUUGAAGGUUGAGAAGCGGAAAUUACAGAGAGAAGUAAGAGAAUCACAGAGUCGUGUUGAAGAAUUAGAAACAACAAAUUCACAUUUACAAAGACGAUUAGAUAAAUUGAUAAAAGCAAAAUCGGCUCUUUUGAAAGAGCUCUGA